AUGGAAGAGAACGCCAAUAAACUGUUAGAGGAAAUUUACAAAAGUCUCUAUGACUCCUCAGUCGGUCCAUAUUUAUAUGAUGCGAGUCUGACGAGAUUGUCACAAAUCACGAAACAAUCAGAGAUUGAGAUUCGACGUUGGUUCCGAAGAACACGGUGGGAACAACGGAAUUCAAAGGGACCUGUACCUGGAAAAGUUGAUUCGGGAACCGAACCUGAUAAUUUUGUAACGAUAGUUAUAAAUCAGGAAAUAGACAAAGUGAUCAAAUCAGGAACGGAAGUGGAUCAAAACUAUAACAAACUUGCUCUGGAACAUAUCUACAAACAACUAUCGGACACUCCAAACGGUCCGUACCUCUAUGACGCAGACCUUGAACUGCUAGGACAGAGAAUCGGACUAUCCAAUCAUCAGAUACACGACUGGUUCUCCGCAAAAAGAAAUAUAGAAAAGAAGCAAGGUGUUCCCGUUCCCGAAGAGGUUCCCGGUGCGACGAGUGGCAGUUUCGUUUCGAAAAUUAUAGAGGAGGCUAUUGCAUUGAUGGAUAGGAAGAAGAGUGUUUCUCAGCAACCAUGCGAUGCCUCCACAUCCACUACUCAAGUAAUGCCAUCUGAAAAGGAAGCACACCAAGUUGACCCGAUUAAAGAAAUCAAAGAAGAAAUUGAAGCUCCGGAAGAAUCAUCUGAAAGCAAUCCUCCAGCUAAAUCUACAGAAAACGUGGCGACUCCAAAAGAUGUUCCCCUUCCAGAAACAUCUUCUGGUCCCGUGAACGCUACAGAACCAAUAAUUGAGGAUGUAGCCGCUCACUCAGCUCCAGAAUCUUCCAACGAAGCAAUUCCCACCCCAGCUCCUCCACUUCCUCCAAAACUUUUCUGUACACUCAUUCGAAGAUAUGUCCAAUUGGAUAGAACCCCACCUUGUCUAAUGGAAAAAUCAACCAAUGUUCUCUGUGAGAGUUGUCAAAUAAUCUUCGAUAGACGUCAACAACUUUACCACGAACUUGAACAGAUUCUGAUGCGUCCCUCCGGAAAGAAACGAACUCAUCAGGAUGGUGUGGCUGGACCGUCGUCAAAAGUGAUGCCGUCUGAGUGA